AAAAAUUUUUUCCAGAUCAAAAAUCUGAACGUGAUUAUAGUAAACUGGCAAGAAGGGGCCAAGUUUUUAUGGGAAGUGUACAGAGGUGCUGCCAUUAAUACACGAAUCGUCGGCAGAAAAACAGCAGAACUUAUCCAAGCCAUCAGUAAAAAACUGAACAUCCCUCCGUCCGACAUACAUUUGAUCGGCCACAGUCUCGGAGCUCAUUGCUGCGGCUUCACUGGUAAAAACGUACAGAGAUUGAUGGGACAGAGAAUUGGCAGAAUCAGUGCCUUAGAUCCUGCAGGUCUUUUAUUCGCCAGGAAUUCGCCUAACGAAAGACUACACAGAACCGAUGCCAGUUUCACGGAUAUCAUACACACCGACGUGGGGAAUUUGUUAGUUACGAAAGGCGGUUUCCAUUUCCCGUUCGGUCACGUCGACUUUUACCCUAAUGGAGGCAGCGAUCAGCCGAACUGU